UAAUUCUGGCGGCCUAGCAGUAUACCUUUGAAAGAAGACCAAAAGAAUUCCCCAAAUCUUCCUUCAUCUUCACCGAAUAUAUUCAAUCACUCUGUAUCAAACCCUAGCUACUCGAUCUCCCGAAUUACAACAACUUCACGUUUUCUUCAACAAAUUGACGCUCAAUUCGUCCAAGAUUUCUCGAUUUGCGUGCUUACAAGACAACACUUUUGAAUAAUCCCCAGUGGGUUUGAAGAAUUUGAGCUCUCUGUUUUCAUGUUUUUCAAAUCGGAUAUGAUGUAUUUAUGAGAUGGUCAUAGUUAAACCAAUGGGUGCUCAUACUCUUCAAAUGGUUUCGUUUAUAGCGAUUAUUGUUUUGAUUUUGCCUUUGACGGUAACUUCAAGAACCAACAUCGAUCCAGAAUAUCUGAUUGACAAAGAUACGGUGGGUUUAAUUUGGGAUAAUUGUGAAACAGAGUUGAUGAGUAUUAUUGAAGGCUUACAAGAUCUUAAAGUUAGCAAUCAUGAAACCCUUUUCGAACAAGAUAGGAUACUGAAGUCUUUAGCUUUUCAAGAUCUGUAUGUCAAGAAAACAAUUCUUGAUUGUUUAAAUGCUAAAAAUGUUGCUGUACCUGAAUCAGGAGAGACAGAACAUUCUAGUACAUGGUAUAUAGACUAUUUACAGUAUUUUUCACUAGGUGAUAACUUUGCGCGUAGAACCCGUAGGCUAGCCGAAUCCGAUGCACCGGCUCUUAGCCCCGGUCCUAGCCCAAGUCCCAGCCCUUCACCGGUGGAGGCUCCUGUUAUAAGGCCUCCUAGUACUCCAUUUUUUCCUGUGAUACCGAAUGAUCGUAAUACAGGUAAGACUACGCAAGCUACGCAAGCGCCUACAGGGUCGGGUGCUAAUGUGCAGUCGGGUAAUGGGAAUAGUGAUACGCAUAAGAAGAUUAUUAUUGCGGUUGUUGUUACUGCUACCGUGACUUUUAUGCUUGCUGCAUUGCUCUUCUUUUGUUAUGUGAGGCAUUGUGGUAAGGGGCGUCGGCAGAAUGAUGAGGCGCAUUUACUUAGCUCGAGUAUGAGUGAGCAUAACGGUGGUUCGUAUAAACCGUCGUACAGUUUAAACAGCCCGGUGCACAAUUAUGCGAAUACGGGGAAUGAAUCGUUAUACGGUAACUCAAACAUGCAGAAAAUGGAUUCUAAGAUUCCGGUAGGUAUCCCUUUGCAGACUAUGCAAGGAAGGGUAGAAUCGUCAUUACGGCCUCCACCAGGAAGGGUAGAAUCGUCAUUACGGCCUCCGCCAGGAAGGGUGGAAUCGUCUAAAUUGUUGCCUGUGAAUGUAGCUGCCGCUACUCCAUCUGCAGCUCCACCACCACCUCCUGCACCGAAACCUCCUACUGCCGCUGGUCCGCCACCUUCACCGCCACCUAAAGGAGGGCCACCGCCUCCACCGCCACCUAGAGGAGGACCGCCACCACCACCAGGUCCACCACCGUUGAAGCCUGCAGGUCCACGCCCGCCUCCUCCACCAGGUGGUGCACUUCCGCCACGACCACCAGGUUCCGGUCUAAGACCGCCACGCCCGCCAGAGGGAUCUAGUCAAUCCAGCGGUGAUGACACCGAUGCUUCGAAAGCUAAGCUAAAACCGUUCUUUUGGGAUAAGGUUAUGGCUAACCCCGAUCAAUCGAUGGUUUGGCAUCAGAUCAAAUCGGGCUCGUUUCAGUUUAGUGAAGAAAUGAUAGAAACUUUAUUUGGAUAUAACGCCACCGAUAAAAACAAAGAUCACACCAGGAAGAACUCUGCAUCACAAGAUCCUACUUUCCAGUACAUUCAAAUCAUCGAUCCAAAAAAGGCUCAAAAUUUGUCUAUUCAAUUAAGAGCACUUAACGUGACAACUGAAGAAAUCCGUUAUGCACUAAAAGAAGGAAACGAGCUACCGGCGGAACUUCUUCAAACACUAAUAAAAACGGCACCAACUCCCGAUGAAGAACUAAAGUUGAGAAUGUACAACGGGGAUCUUUCUCAUCUUGGAACCGCAGAACGGUUUUUAAAAAUGUUAAUCGAAAUACCAUUUGCUUUCAAAAGACUAGAAUCCUUGCUCUUUAUGUGCACAUUCCAGGAGGAAGAAUCAGUGGUUAAAGAAUCUUUCACAACUUUAGAGGCUGCUUGUGUUGAACUUAGAAAAAGCCGAUUAUUUCUCAAACUCUUAGAAGCUGUUUUGAAAACCGGGAAUCGUAUGAAUGACGGGACUUUUCGUGGGAGUGCACAAGCGUUUAAACUCGAUACACUCUUGAAGUUAUCCGACGUAAAAGGAAUUGACGGAAAAACAACGCUUUUGCACUUUGUGGUUCAAGAGAUCAUCCGGUCAGAAGGUAUAAAAGCUGCGCGAACAAUCCGCGAAUCAAAAAGUUUCAAAACCGAGGAUCUUCUCAAAGAAGCUUCAUCUUCGCAUGAAGAAACAGAGGAACGCUAUCGCAAGCUUGGGCUUCAAGUCGUGUCGAGCUUGAGCGGUGAGCUCGAUAAUGUAAAAAAGGCAGCCAUUGUAGAUGCUGAUGGGCUCACCAGUUUAGUGUCAAGUUUGGGCCGGGCCCUUGUAAAAGCUCGUGAGUUUUUAAAUACAGAUUUAAAGAAGGUAGAAGACGACGGUGAUGAGUUUCAGAGAGUUUUGGCGAGUUUUGUGAAGAAUGCCGAGAAGGAGAUUACAUGGAUGCAAGAAGAAGAAAAGAGAAUAAAAACUUUGAUUAAGAACACGACGGAUUAUUUUCAUGGGAACUCCGGGAAAGAUGAAGGGUUGAGAUUAUUUGUGAUUGUUCGCGAUUUCUUGAUAAUUUUGGAUAAGGUAUGUAAAGAGGUUAAGAGUGAUCCUGUAAGAACACCAAAAACGAAAAAUGACGAGUUGCAACCCGGGGUUCAACGAAAAGAUGACCAGAUAUUGGGCGGAGGUUCAUCUGAACCUCGCCAGUCGCCGUUUGAAGAGCAACGUCAACGGUUGUUUCCGGCAAUUUUAGGGCGGCGAAUGGACAGUGAUAGUUCAGAUGAAGAUUAGUGUGUAGAGUUUUGUUUUGAACAACUGAGAUAUGAUUCUUUUUUCUUUCUUUACUUAUAUCUACUUGAUGAACUUUACCAAAUGGGAAUACUCUCUGCAUUGACCUGAUUACCAAAUGCAUGUAUAAUGUUAGGUGUAAUAAUAGAGUUGUAUAGCAUUUCUAUCA